CUGCUAAUACCAAACCCACGAAAGGAACAGAAGAACUUCCACUUUUUACCGAUAGCAUCAUUCUUCGUCGAUUUCCGUGUCCUUCCCAAUUAUCCGACACAAACUCAGUCGCAAUGGCGAAAUCCAAGAACUCGUCUCAGCACAACCAGUCGCGCAAGGCUCACCGUAACGGUAUCAAGAAGCCAAAGACCAACCGAUACCCGUCUCUGAACGGAACAGACCCCAAGUUCCGCCGAAACCACAGACAUGCUCUACACGGCACCAUGAAAGCUUUGAAGGAGUUCAAGGAGGGCAAGCGAGAAACGGCAUGAAGUGGUAGACACGAAAUAUCAAGACACGACAUCGCGAUUGCGUAUCAGGGCAAAAUUCGGGGACAUUCAGGCAUGAUCAUGGAGUCAAGGUUAUGCAUUUGCUGCUUGUAUCCAGGCACGCUCUUCUACGGCGAAGAUGAAGGGGUAACCAAAUGAAGUUACGUUCGCCAACCAAUCUCUCGUGCUCUUCCGUUCCCUGCUCCGCAUAUAUCUGGAUCACCCGUGAUGAACAAAACAAAUCAAAAACGGCAUAUGUGUGUACAGCUCUAGGCCUAUCCCAUGCCUAUUUGCUGAAGGAUUUUUCUUCUCGUGCCGAGAGUAAAUUGCCCGUCUAUUACCAAACACCCGUGCUUCGAGUUGCUCUAAGGCGAGGGUGCAUGGAGGCUCGGCAACAUUCCUAGUUGUCCUAUUCUGUUCCUAUUAGGUCAUUGGAUCUAUUAUCCUCCAUCGUAGUUUGUUUUUUAAUAGGUCAAAUCGAUAAGUCGAUUGUCAUACUAACUUAGCUAUGCGAACCAGCGUCAUACGAUUUAGAUAUAACUUUGCUAAGUAGUAGGAAAUUUAUGUCAAUUUUGAGAUGACGAGUUCUUUUAAGCAAUAUACUGGUAUCAUUUACUGCGGACGAGGAAAUCAAAGGGCCACGAAUGGCGAGACGUGACAUGUCUCAAGAUUAACCAUUCGUUAUAUAUGAUGUUACCAAGCUCUUUGCAAAAAAAAGAACUUGGAAAUAAUAGCGACAUGC